UAGACUCCAAAUCUGAAUCUGCUUCUUCGCGUUCUUCUUUCUUUUCUUCCAUCUCUUCUCUCUCUCUCUCUCUCUCUCUUUCUGUCUAUUUCUCAAUUACUUCAAUUCUCUCUUCUCUAUCUUCACCGCUCCUCACCUCAUUCGCCAAUUCGUGUUCAAUAUGGCGACGCAUACCCCAAAGAAUAUUCUCAUUACUGGGGCAGCUGGAUUUAUUGCAUCUCAUGUGGCCAACCGGCUCAUUCGGAAGUAUCCUGACUACAAAAUUGUUGUUCUUGACAAGCUUGAUUACUGUUCUAAUCUGAAGAACCUCAUUCCUUCAAAGUCAUGCCCCAACUUUAAGUUUGUGAAGGGUGAUAUAGGAAGUGCUGACCUUGUCAACUACCUUCUCAUCACUGAGUCAAUUGACACGAUAAUGCACUUUGCUGCUCAGACCCAUGUUGACAACUCCUUUGGUAACAGCUUUGAGUUCACCAAGAACAACAUCUACGGCACUCAUGUCCUGUUAGAGGCUUGCAAGGUGACUGGUCAGAUCAAAAGGUUCAUCCAUGUGAGCACCGAUGAGGUCUACGGGGAGACAGAGGAGGAUGCCGUGGUUGGAAACCAUGAGGCUUCUCAGCUGCUUCCUACAAAUCCAUACUCUGCCACAAAAGCUGGGGCAGAGAUGCUUGUCAUGGCAUAUGGUAGAUCCUAUGGUUUACCUGUGAUCACAACACGUGGAAACAAUGUCUAUGGGCCGAACCAGUUUCCUGAGAAGCUAAUUCCAAAGUUCACGUGAGGAGCUAUUUAUACUGCGAAGAUGUCGCUGAGGCUUUUGAAGUUAUCCUUCACAAGGGAGAAGUUGGUCAUGUUUACAACAUUGGGACCAAGAAGGAAAGAAGAGUUAUUGAUGUAGCCAAAGAUAUAUGCAGACUAUUCUCCAUGGACCCAGAGACAAGCAUAAAAUUUGUGGAGAACAGACCAUUCAAUGACCAGAGAUACUUUCUUGAUGAUCAAAAGCUGAAGGACUUGGGGUGGUCUGAGAGGACCACUUGGGAAGAGGGCUUGAAGAAAACCAUGGACUGGUACAUCAAUAAUCCUGAUUGGUGGGGUGAUGUCAGUGGUGCAUUGCUUCCUCAUCCAAGGAUGCUCAUGAUGCCUGGUGGUAUGGAGAGACAUUUUGAUGGAUCUGAAGAGGAAAAGCCUGCAUCAUAUGUCUCGACUAACACUAAAAUGGUGGUUCCACCAACCAAGAGCGCCACCGGCACUCCCCAGAAGCCUGCUCUGAAGUUCUUGAUCUAUGGCAGAACAGGAUGGAUAGGUGGAUUGCUUGGGAAGUUGUGUGAAAAGCAAGGGAUUGCGUACGAAUAUGGAAAAGGGCGCCUAGAGGAUCGCUCAUCACUUGUUGCUGAUAUUCAGAAUAUCAAGCCGACACAUAUUUUCAAUGCUGCAGGAGUGACCGGCAGACCCAAUGUUGAUUGGUGUGAGACUCAUAAGACUGAAACCAUCCGCACCAAUGUUGCCGGGACUUUAACGUUGGCUGAUGUCAGCAGAGAGCAUGGUCUCUUGAUGAUAAAUUAUGCUACUGGUUGCAUAUUUGAGUAUGAUGAAGCUCACCCUCUGGGAUCUGGCAAAGGUUUCAAGGAGGAAGAUACCCCUAAUUUUGCUGGUUCUUUCUAUUCCAAAACUAAGGCUAUGGUUGAGGAGCUUUUGAAAGAAUAUGACAAUGUAUGCACACUCAGGGUCCGCAUGCCCAUUUCUUCUGAUCUGAGCAACCCGCGCAACUUCAUUACCAAGAUUUCUCGCUAUAACAAGGUGGUUAACAUUCCAAACAGCAUGACUAUCCUGGACGAGCUCCUGCCUAUUUCAAUCGAGAUGGCAAAGCGCAACCUGAGCGGCAUCUGGAACUUCACAAACCCAGGGGCCGUGAGUCACAACGAGAUCCUGGAGAUGUACAGGGACUACAUUGACCCCAACUUCAAGUGGGUUAAUUUCACCCUUGAAGAGCAAGCCAAAGUGAUUGUUGCAGCGCGAAGCAACAACGAGAUGGACGCAUCAAAGUUGAAGAAAGAAUUCCCAGAACUUCUUUCCAUCAAGGAAUCACUGAUCAAAUAUGUCUUCGAGCCAAACAAGAAAACUGGUUUGAAAAAUUAAGCAGCUUCAUGGCUUAAAGCAUCAUCUUGCUUAUUCUCUGCAUUUUUUCACAUAGCACACUCAUUAUUUCAUUGGUAGUACCAUCUAGUUUCUGUGUUUAGAGGGUCACAAGUACUACGUUGUUAGCUAUUGUUCCUUCGUUUUCAUUUCUAUACCUUUGUUCUAGUUUUCUAAUGUUCUCUAUUAUGAGCAUUUAGAUGUUGUCUUGUGUUACACCUAUAUGACACGAAUUCUUUUAUUGCUCAUAUCAUAUGUAUCCCUUGAGGUUUAUGAUUGUACUGUGUUCGCAUUUGUAUAUGCACUGAUAAAGAAUGCAACUGAGAUAUUCAUUCGAUUUUCUCCA